GCCCUCAAUCCGUGAAGCUCUUGCAAUCCGUAUCCAUUUUGGCUCAAGGCAGUACUCGCAGUAAGUUUGUUGGCGCCACCGGCAGCGCGAUCCUUCCAGGUCUUAUUGCGCAACCUAAUUCUCAUCGCGUGUCGCUGACGAGCCAUGGGAAGUGUCCUCGGCAAGUGUUGCAAGUUCCUUGGGUCGGCCACGGAGUCGACGCAGCAGGGGCCCACGGCAGACCCAACCGGUCCCGCAGCAGACGCUGCUGCAAUUGUGGCUGAUCACGCAGGGAUUUCCGACCCGUCCGAGAUCACAUGGGAGGUGGCCACGAAGAUGAAGGAGUGCCUGGAGGAUUACCCCAACAUCAUCCAGUUUGACAGCUCCACGCUGCAAGCGUCUGUCAAUGUGGUUGCAGAUGUUCUCCAGGGAGCUAACCUACGCAUCAGCCUCGCGGCCCCGAUCGAGCUGGUCUGCCGGGCCGUGGCGAAUACCGCCAUCAAGGUGACUGACGGCACGGACGUCGGAGAGGUUCUGAGCAAAGUUAUGGAGAGCAACCAGAACAUUAUCCAGAGAGACGUCGAGGCCUUGCGCGAGAUGCAUCUGAAGAAUGCCAUGGACGAGAUCGAGGUGCUGGCCGCAAUGAGCAAGACGUUGAUGGAGCUCAAGGCGGAAGGGUCCUCAAACUUUGAGAAUGAGCUCACGUUCUACGUUCAGAGAGCGCUCUCGGCAGAAGGGCACGCGAGGGACGCGUUCAACGUUGCCAAGGGUAAGCUGGACGAGAAGGUCCGCGCAACGACGCUGAUGGCGUCGGCGAUGAUGGCUCAGACCUUGGACCCGAAGCGGGAGAGUCGAGUCAUCGCCGACCGGCUGACCCAUGCCCUGAAGAAGCUCUUCAACGACGAGGACAUGCAGGUGCUGAUCGGCCAGGAGUGCGGGUCAUGGGACAAGGUGCUGUGCUUCAGGGAGAGGCGGCAGCGUCGCCUCCGGGAAGCUUUCCAAUGCCUGGUCCACGUCGAGGGAUGGAUCGCGCAGCGCGCUCGGGGGCGGCAAACCGUCCUCAGCAGCUUGGACAAGCCCUUUGACAUGAAUCGCAUCAUCCAGCAAGGCAUCCUCGACCCGAAGGGCAGCACAGUGGGCGCGCUCGCUCGCCUGGCCGGCGGGGAGGAGUACAGCGACAUGGAGUUCGGCAUAUUGCAGAGCUACUGCGGGCAAAGGCCGAAGAUGCAGGCGGCGACAGCUCUCUCGGGCUCCAGAGACAAGACCCUGAAGCUGUGGGAGCUCUCCACGGGCAGGUGCCUCCGGACCCUCACGGGCCACACGGUUUGGGCGUUGCGUAAUGGACCUGGUGAGGUGCGUCGUCGCGCUGGGCGAGGACGGGGCCCUCUCGGGCUCCGACGACCAGACCCUGAAGCUGUGGGAGCUCUCCGCGGGUAGGUGCCUCCGGACCCUCGAGGGCCACACGGGCCAGGUGAUGUGCGUCACCGCGCUGGGCCGGGCCCUGGCACGCGACGCGUAGGGACGGAUCCUUGAUCCGCCGCCGCUUUUUCGUGAGCUCCGCCGUCGCGCCCUGGCGGUGCUCGGGCGAGCCCGCGGCGCAACGAUCUCAAGCCUCAUAUAAGUCUUCAUUGAAAUCUUCAUUUCCCCUCCCCCUCCUCCUCCUCCUCCCCCUCCUCCCCCGCCAGAUGAGGCUGCCAUAGUAGAUCGAGAAUUUAGUAACAGUUCCGUGCAAUCCCUCCAUCCGCCCCCGCCCCUGCCUCUCGGGGCCUUCCUCAUAGGGCAGGGGGGCGUCGGCCGAAAACGGCUCCGGGUGAUGAAAUGUUGCGUUCCUCCCCCCCUGACCACCUCGGCCAGGGUGCUUCUGGCUGUAACCCUCUAGCCGGACUCCCACGUCGAGGACUCUUGGGAGGGAACAUUUCGAGUGAAUUGAUUUAUUGCAUUGUUGCUGCGUUGCCGUGACGUCGGCAAUUUCAUUUUGGGCAGUACGUAAUGUUGCACGGUGCGUGAGGCAUAGUGUAGCGCGGUAUUGCGCAUACAGGAA